GGUGUUCGUGGAACGCUGAAAUGUUUGAUCUGAACCGACGGCUUGAAUGCGUUGGUGUAGGCGACUGACGACACCACACAAGACAGCCCCAGCAGGCUUACCUGAGGUCAGAGGUCAACCUUCAGAGAAAUCACACAAAAAGGCAAGAGCUCCUUGUCAGACUCUACAUGUUAGCAGGUUAAAGGUCAAGGGUCGUGGAAGUUCAGUCGCCAGACUUAUGCAACUCCAAGACCAAGGUUGAGAUGCUGAUUGCACAACCUCUUUUCCACCGCGUGUGGAGCAGAUUAAAACAACAAAUACUCGAUGGAUCUUUGAUGUUCCUGUUUGCAGUCAAAUCCAGACCGGAACAGACAUCCGAACUGUCUGAAGUGAAACACGCUUACAUUAUUUCUGCUGCUGGACGGGUUCAAACCAUCGACCUCUCUCUGACUUCCCAACAUCAGCAGGUAACAGCAAGUUCAACUCAAACCAGGUGUGUGGGACGCCUCAUGGAUGAGAGCUGAGCUCUGAGGAGAUCUGCCUUGGAAGCCCACAGCCUCAAUCUGAGCAGCUGCUGACGAGAUGAAAUUCUCAGGAGUAAUUGUUUUGUUAAUGAGGUGGAAUCUGUUCCUCUGCAGGACGAAGUCAGGAGGAGCAGACUGGAGAAAGUUGGGGGGAGAGACAGGAAAUGACAAAAGUGAGUGUCUGACUGAAGGAGGAGGGUGGGGGUGUGGGAGGAGUGAGGCAGUAAAAACUGAGGAGCACUGGAAGGAGGAGUGACAGAGUGAAAGAGGAGAGAGGAGCAGAACGCGUGUCUCCUGUCCAUCUGUCUGCUGAGACCACAUGGAGACGACGACGGCUUCCCGCUUCAGCAGCUUCUGGCUGAACACCUUAACUAGUUGAGUCAGAGACAGACUCUGGUCCUGGUCCUGGUUCUGGUUCGGCGAUCAUUCUUUGUAUUUUCCUCUGAAGUCUGCAGCUGCAGAGUUUGAAGGAGCAAACGUUUUUGAAGCCUUUCAGGAAUACUUCAAAGCUUUCUCCUCCGAGGUCCAUCGGCUCCACAAGGCCCAGCUGGAGGCAGAACCUCCCAGCUGGACUGGAACCAGACGCGGCUCUUUGUUGGAUUACCGAAGCAUCUGAUUUGGAUCUUGAACAAGACCUCUGGUCCCGCCCAGCUGUAAACCGUGGUGAGCAAGAUGAGGUGAGAGAGGAUGCCGUGACCCGGAUGAUGGUUCUGCUGCUCGUGCCAUGCUGAGAGCCAGGUCAGCUCUCGCCACCGUGUUCCUCUGGUCUCUGUGCCUCUUUGCUGUGGGGGCUGCACGUUGCUCCAAAGACCUGGUGGUUCGAGUCCAGGCACUCCGAAACACAACUCUGAAGCAGGAACUGCUGAACUCCAGCCUCUACACCCCCUCCAUCACGUAUUACCAGCAGAAAUGUCCCCGCGUCGCCUUCGAGUGUUUUGCUGAAGAACUCAAUGUCCUCAUCAAAGAGCUGGAGGUCAACGGCCAGACGGUUCCUCGAAAAGAGAAAGUCGGUCCUUGGCUUCGGAGGCUGGCGUGCGAUUUCCCCGACCAGCAGCAGCUGGCCUGUCAGUGUGAGCUUCUCCAGGAGAAAAACGCCACAGAAUUCCUGUCAGGACUGCUGAGGACCGUUGAGAUGAUGAACACCGAAUUCUGCAACACAGUUUUGUCCCCACCGGACAGAAAGUGUUCCCAGAUGGGUCCAGCUGGUCAGACGGGCCCUCUCCGUUGCAAAAACCAACACAAAUGUUUCUAACAAAUGAAUAUUUUAGCUGUGCUUGCUGCUGAUCUCAGGCGUCUCCUGAGGCCCGGUACACACGGCAGGAUGCACGGAUUUCAACAUAUGAAAGAUGCUCCAGCCAUAAGGAAUCAUAGAUGCAUCAGUUUUGGUGUCCAGCCACACGGCAAUAACUACACACAAACCGAUUUCACACACCCGCAUUUGCCACACCAACGGUGGAGUGGUCACACAUCAGAUUCACCAGGCAGCACGCUCGUGUGUCCUCGACGUUCAACCUCAGACAAUAAAUCCCUGAUGAGAGCGAUCCCGGUGUGCUUCCGAACAGAGCACGCCACGCGGGGGAGGAGCAUGUGCUGAAGGAGCGAUUAGAGUGUGUGUGUGUGUGUGUGUGUGUGCCUUUACAUGUGAAGGAGAAUAAAAUCUUUAAUUCCCAAUAAUCCACAAGUUUCUUUUUGAGCAGUUCUACUAAAACGGGAUUAGCCGAGAAGACGUUCAGCAGGAGUCGUGAACCACGGAAACGGCUUCACAUUCUUAACUUUUAUUAUAAAGUUUAUAUUUGUGAAAUAAUGUUUUCUCUGCAUUUGCUCUGAGUUUUGUCUGUUUUAUUUUAAUUUUAUAGUUUUAAUUUACUGAUGAAUAAAAAUGUUGAGUUUG